AUGUCACAAAGAAUUCUUCGUCGAAAUCGCAUUCUGGAAGAUGAGCCUGGGCCAAGUCAGUCUUCCGAGGCUUCCAAUGACGAACCCAUUCAAGUUGAUGCCAAUGAGAAUUUUCUUCAAGUACCAUAUUUCAAGGACAUUCUACAGUGUGCCAGAGAGUUCUCAUCAGCUCAUCAGUCUUUAGCGACACUUAUGGUCAAUAUGGGCGUUCUUACGAAGAAGAAAUUUUACCUCAGCUUCAUUCAUGAAGUGGUUAGUGUUCACCUGAAAACUUGGACUUCGUCUUACAUCCCGACCGAUGAAGAAACAGGUCGGGAAAUGGUAGUGUUGGUGAGUGAGGAUGUGCUUCCGAGGGACAUCAGCAGCAUAAGCGGAUUCUCAGCAGACGAGCUCCUGUUGUUUUCACGGUAUAUUCCACAGUUUGUUGAUGGUGGUGGUCAGUGUGAGAGCUCUUGGGCACUCAAUGAGGCAACCAAACUUCCGAACCCAAUAACGCUUGUGAAAGCCCAAAAUUUCUUGGACAAACUCGUCAGCCGUUGGCUGGAUUUCCGAGGCACACGUGCUCUUCCCAAUGGAUGCAGCCUCCAGAAUUCUGGUACACAGAGCACACGCCACGACCACAGGAUGUAA